AUGUCGUUGCUCAAAGUUGUAUCAUCGAAGCUGGCAGCGGAGAUUGACCAAGAAUUGAUGGGUCCGCAGGUUGGAUUCACCCUGCAACAGCUGAUGGAAUUGGCAGGCCUCAGUGUCGCACAAGCAGUGUCCCGCGAGUUCCCCCUUGAUAAAGCCGGCGUCGACAAGCACAUAUUCGUCAUCGCCGGGCCCGGGAACAACGGCGGCGAUGGCCUUGUCUGUGCCAGGCACUUGAAGCUGUUCGGUUACAACCCCAUCGUGUACUACCCGAAGAGAAGCGAGAGGAACGAGUUUUACAAGCAGCUGGUUAACCAGCUGCGCUUCUUCAAAGUGCCCGUGCUGUCGCAGGACGCCGCCGGCGCAGACUGGCUCGAGUACCUGCAACCAGAAAAGACUCUCUGCAUAGUCGAUGCCAUCUUCGGCUUCAGUUUCAAACAGCCUCUGAGAGAGCCCUUCAAGGGCAUUCUGCAGCAGUUGCACGAGCUGGAAAACAAGGUACCCAUCGUCUCCGUCGACGUCCCCUCCGGCUGGGACGUCGACGAGGGCCCCACCACAGAAAACUGCAUCAACCCUUCCGUGCUUGUGUCUCUGACGGUACCCAAACCGUGCAGCAAUUUCCUCAAAGAGGGUAGCGCGCAUUACGUAGGCGGGAGGUUUGUCCCUAGAGAGUUUGCCAAUAAGUACGGUUUCGACCCCUUCAACUACCAGUCUACCGAUCAGAUACUCAAGUUGUAA